AUGCCCAUCCGUGUCGGCUUUCUGAUCGGGAAGGACACGGACUUGGUGGAGGAUGCAAAAUAUGUUGGCGAUGCAUCAUUUUUGAACGACAUGCCCGACAAGUAUCGAGUCGACCCGAAGAGCAAGGAGUACUUGAAGGAUUGUGAGGAGGGCACAAAGGGGUUCGCUCACGCGGACGUAGCUAUCCCCUGGUACAUCCAGAAGCACCAUGAAGACAUUGAGGUAGACAUGAUCUUUCCAGAGGACAUCUCGAAGAAGCGCUUGCAGUCCAAUGUGUGCAACUUCGUGAUUGGCUACGAUGUCAUCAACACCAUGUUCGAAAGCAGCAGCAGGCAAUCAGCAGUGACCAAAGCCUUCAAGCAAUGCGGCAACAUCAUGCCCAGUUGGAAGGUCCAGGACUUCAUUUACAUGAAAUCGAAGUACAUGAAGGCUUGCUUGAAGUCUGGUAUUCCGAUGGCCCCUACCAUUUUUGCCCUCAAGGACAAGCGAAGCCCUGCAAAGCUGCUGAAAGAAAUCAAGGCACGUGGCUGGAAGACCUUCGUCAUGAAGCAAUCCAUGAUGGCGUUCUCUUUGGGCUUCUGCAAGCUCAAGGUUGAGGACUGCGAGAAGGAUCCUUCCAUCCUCAAGAAGUACUUCAAGGAGUACGCAAGCUGCCCAGAGUACGUCGUUCAGGAAUGCAUCGAGGGAUUCAGCCGGAACUGGGAGACCAGAGUCUUCUGGUUCAAUGGCGAGUUCCUGUAUGCCAUUGCCAACAAAGCUGCGGUUUCCACCGAGGACGGCCAGGAGGUCAUUAUCACAGGCGAUGACAUCCCAGCUGAGUUUCUGGACAACGCCAAGAGGAUUGGCAAGGCAGCCCUGGAGGUUUUGCCUCAGCUGACGACUCCAUCGGGGGCGCCUAUCCCCAUGACGUUGAUUCGCACAGACAUCGGAUGCUCGGACAGCCAGGUCUAUGACAAGGACACAAAUUGGGAUCCCAGCAAGAGGACCUUUUUCUUGAACGAGAUCGAGUAUGGUGGGACCACAUACUUCAUCCGCCAUUUGAAAGAGGACUUUGUACCGAAGUGGGCUGAACUUUAUGCCAAGAAGGCUCGUGAGAUUUCGGCCCUUGAGGAGAAGGAUGCUGAAGAGCCUCCAAGCAAGAGGGCAAGGACAGGUGCGGCGAUGAAGCGUCCGGCUGCUGCAAAGGCAAGUGCUGCCGGUGCAUGA